CGGCCGGGUCGUACGGCGCUUUCCCGUCGGAGCGGGCGGGCUGUUUUGAUUUAUCGAUGCCUGGCCGGGCUGCUCAUCGACCGGCGCGGGCGGGGAAGGGAUGCGGCGUCCCUGCGGGAGCCGGGAAAGCGAAACCCUCGCCGGCUUCGCGCCGCGGGUGAGCGUGGAGCCGCGGUGGGAAGCGGCUCUGACGGCGGCGGGGACCGCUUCGUCCUCGUCCCGGCGGUGCCUGUAACCUUUGGAUGUGGCACCACACUGUACAUGCCAUUUGGCUUGGGGAACAGAACGCACCAUGGGACAACCUCAAAGAUAUCUCUCCAGACGGGGUCUCUUACUUGGGUGAUGUGUCUGCUCUCCUGACUGUCUUCAUACCCAAAGGAUUUAUUUUCCUUUUGGAAAUAUUUGAAGUUGAAAUCUUGUUCCUUACUGGAAAUUGUCUACACUAAAGACUGCACACAUCAUGGGUGAUAUGGCAAACAACUCGGUUGCAUAUAGUGGCGUAAAAAACGCCGUAAAAGAAGCUAAUCAUGGAGAUUUUGGAGUUACUCUUGCAGAGCUCCGUUCUCUUAUGGAACUUCGAGCUACAGAUGCACUGCAUAAAAUACAGGAAUGCUAUGGAGAUGUACAUGGCAUCUGUACAAAAUUGAAAACUUCACCAAAUGAAGGUUUAAGUGGAAAUCCAGCAGAUAUAGAAAGGAGAGAAGCAGUUUUUGGGAAGAACUUUAUACCUCCUAAAAAGCCAAAAACAUUUCUUCAGUUAGUAUGGGAAGCACUACAGGAUGUUACACUAAUUAUAUUAGAAAUUGCAGCCGUAGUAUCCUUGGGCCUUUCUUUUUACCAGCCUCCAGGAGGAAAUGAAUCAUUAUGUGGAUCAGUAAAUGUUGGUGAAGAAGAGGAGGAAUCUGAAGCAGGUUGGAUUGAAGGAGCAGCAAUCCUCCUAUCUGUAGUUUGUGUGGUAUUAGUAACAGCUUUCAAUGACUGGAGUAAAGAGAAACAAUUUCGGGGACUGCAGAGCCGUAUUGAACAAGAACAAAAAUUCACAGUCAUCAGAGGUGGCCAAGUCAUCCAAAUACCAGUAGCUGACAUAAUUGUUGGAGAUAUUGCACAAGUGAAAUAUGGUGAUCUUUUACCGGCUGAUGGUGUACUCAUUCAAGGAAAUGACCUCAAAAUUGAUGAAAGCUCACUGACUGGAGAAUCUGAUCAUGUAAAGAAAUCUCUGGACAGAGAUCCUAUGCUGCUGUCAGGUACACAUGUGAUGGAAGGCUCUGGAAGAAUGGUAGUUACUGCUGUAGGUGUGAACUCUCAAACUGGAAUCAUCUUUACCUUACUUGGGGCUGGAGGAGAUGAAGAGGAGAAGGAGAAGGAAAAAGAGAAGAAGGACAAGAAAAGUAAAAAGCAAGAUGGAGCUGUUGAAAACCGUAACAAAGCUAAAGCUCAGGAUGGUGCAGCCAUGGAAAUGCAACCACUGAAGAGUGAGGAUGGUGGGGACGGAGACGAGAAAGACAAGAAGAGAGCAAAUUUGCCAAAGAAAGAAAAGUCGGUUCUUCAAGGCAAACUUACAAAGCUCGCAGUUCAGAUUGGCAAAGCAGGUUUGUUGAUGUCUGCAAUCACAGUCAUUAUCCUUGUGUUAUAUUUUGUAAUUGAUACAUUCUGGGUUCAGAAGAGACCUUGGCUUGCUGAAUGUACACCAAUUUAUAUUCAGUAUUUUGUGAAGUUCUUCAUUAUUGGAGUUACAGUCUUGGUGGUGGCAGUACCAGAAGGUCUUCCACUUGCAGUCACUAUAUCUCUGGCUUACUCUGUUAAGAAAAUGAUGAAAGAUAAUAACUUGGUGAGACAUCUGGAUGCAUGUGAAACAAUGGGUAACGCAACAGCUAUUUGCUCAGAUAAAACGGGAACAUUGACCAUGAACAGAAUGACAGUGGUCCAAGCCUACAUCAAUGAAAAACAUUAUAAAAAAAUUCCAGAACCAGAAGCUAUUCCAGAAAAAACUAUGGCUUACCUUGUGACAGGAAUUUCUGUUAAUUGUGCUUAUACUUCCAAAAUACUGCCUCCUGAAAAAGAAGGUGGCCUACCACGUCAUGUUGGAAAUAAAACUGAAUGUGCCUUGCUGGGAUUGCUCUUGGAUUUAAAACGUGAUUAUCAGGACGUAAGAAAUGAGAUACCAGAAGAGGAUUUGUACAAAGUGUACACCUUCAACUCUGUUAGAAAAUCUAUGAGUACCGUGUUAAAAAACUCUGAUGGCAGUUUCCGGAUAUUCAGUAAAGGUGCCUCUGAGAUAGUUCUUAAAAAGUGCUUCAAAAUACUGAGUGCUAAUGGAGAACCAAAGGUAUUUAGACCUAGGGACCGCGAUGAUAUCGUGAAAACUGUAAUUGAGCCAAUGGCUUCUGAAGGGCUCAGAACCAUCUGCCUGGCGUUCAGAGACUUCCCAGCAGGGGAACCUGAGCCGGAAUGGGACAAUGAAAAUGAUAUUGUUACUGGUCUGACGUGCAUUGCUGUUGUUGGGAUUGAAGAUCCUGUGAGACCUGAGGUACCUGAUGCAAUAAAAAAGUGUCAACGUGCAGGCAUAACUGUACGUAUGGUCACUGGCGAUAACAUUAACACUGCUCGUGCUAUUGCAUUAAAAUGUGGUAUUCUGAAUCCUGGUGAAGACUUCCUGUGUUUAGAGGGCAAAGACUUUAACAGGAGAAUACGCAAUGAAAAAGGAGAGAUAGAGCAAGAGCGAAUAGAUAAAAUUUGGCCAAAGCUUCGUGUUCUUGCAAGAUCUUCUCCCACUGACAAACACACUCUAGUAAAAGGUAUAAUUGACAGCACUGUCUUUGAACAGAGGCAAGUUGUAGCAGUAACUGGUGAUGGUACCAAUGACGGUCCAGCUCUGAAGAAGGCAGAUGUUGGAUUUGCUAUGGGUAUUGCUGGAACAGACGUAGCUAAAGAAGCUUCUGAUAUUAUCCUUACAGACGACAACUUCACAAGUAUUGUUAAAGCAGUUAUGUGGGGACGAAAUGUGUAUGACAGCAUCUCCAAAUUUCUUCAGUUCCAGCUUACUGUCAAUGUAGUAGCAGUAAUUGUUGCUUUUACAGGAGCAUGCAUAACACAAGAUUCUCCGCUUAAAGCUGUGCAGAUGCUGUGGGUAAAUCUCAUAAUGGACACAUUAGCUUCUCUUGCCCUGGCAACAGAACCACCCACUGAAGCUCUUCUGUUGCGAAAGCCUUAUGGUAGGAACAAACCUUUGAUUUCUCGUACAAUGAUGAAGAACAUUUUGGGUCAUGCGUUUUACCAACUCGUAGUGGUCUUCACGCUCCUGUUUGCUGGUGAGAAAAUUUUUGAUAUCGAUAGUGGAAGAAAUGCACCUCUGCAUGCUCCUCCUUCAGAGCAUUAUACUAUUGUAUUUAACACAUUUGUGAUGAUGCAGCUUUUUAAUGAAAUUAAUGCCCGAAAAAUUCAUGGUGAAAGAAACGUUUUUGAAGGAAUCUUUAACAAUGCUAUCUUCUGUUCUAUUGUUCUGGGGACAUUUGUUGUGCAGAUAAUUAUUGUGCAGUUUGGUGGGAAGCCUUUCAGUUGCUCAGAACUCUCAAUUGAACAGUGGUUGUGGUCCAUUUUCCUGGGCAUGGGAACACUACUCUGGGGCCAGUUGAUUUCAACAAUUCCAACCAGCCGUCUGAAAUUCCUUAAAGAAGCUGGUCAUGGAACACAAAAGGAAGAGAUUCCUGAAGAAGAACUAGCAGAAGAUGUAGAGGAGAUCGAUCACGCUGAGAGAGAAUUACGUCGUGGUCAGAUCUUGUGGUUUAGGGGCCUAAACAGGAUACAAACUCAGAUGGAUGUAGUGAAUGCUUUCCAGAGUGGAAGUACCAUUCAGGGGGCUCUAAGGCGGCAACCCUCCAUCGCCAGCCAGCACCAUGAUAUCCGAGUGGUGAAUGCAUUUCGUAGCUCCUUGUACGAGGGGCUAGAGAAACCUGAGACACGAAGUUCAAUUCACAAUUUUAUGACGCAUCCUGAGUUUAGAAUAGAAGACUCCGAGCCUCAUAUUCCCCUUAUUGAUGAUACUGAUGCUGAAGACGACGCUCCAACAAAACGCAACUCUACUCCCCCACCCUCUCCCAAUAAAAAUAACAAUGCGGUUGACAGUGGAAUUCACCUUACAACAGACAUGAACAAGUCUGCUACCUCUUCAUCCCCAGGGAGCCCGCUACAUAGUUUGGAAACAUCACUCUGAUUGUAAGCUGAAUGUUAACACACUAGCUGCAUUGUAAAGAAAUUGAAACUGGGUCUCUUCACACAUUAUGAUGGACAAGAUGAUAUUCUUGUCUUGGACUUCAACAGAAGACACACUUGUACGAAUGUAGAUUUAUUUUUUUAAAAAAAAAGCUUUCUGCCAGACUGGAGGGUGCUUUUCUGGGGGUGGGAGUAAUAAUGAACUCUGACAGAUAAACAGUAACUCAGCAUAAGUGACCUGUGGAUCAUCUGUUGUACUUAAGAAUGGUCCUGAACAGUGUGUUAGCAGAGCUUUAGUUUAUCAUGAUCCUUUUCUGAGGGGAAGGCUGGGAAGGGCAAGGAGGCCCUGGAUCGUUGAAUUGAUACUUUAAUUUCUGCUGUUGGCUGUUAAUAAUUUGGAUUAUUUAUGUUUAUAAAUGAUACAGAUCUGUUUACAAGGUUUGUAGAUACUUUUUUUGUUCCUGUUCAUAGAUGGGAAGCUUCCUUAUAAAUGAUGCAGAGAAAAAAAAAAAACAAAAAAACUAGUCCUUCAAAUACUGCUGUAUUUUCAGGAAAAGGGUGUUUCUAUUGAAACUGUACUAAAUUUUGCCUGCAAUUUACCUUGUUAAAUAUUGUAGAUAAAUUGCUAAUACUAAUAGCCAAAUAGAUAACACUAAUGCUUUGUAAAAACAUGAGCAGUGGUGUUCUAAUGAAGUUAUGGCCUCUGUCCUAAUUAGUUUCUUAAAUACAUUUACUACUUAAUGGUUUUGAAACAACUGUUUAAUUUUUAAAAAUUUUGAGAAACUUACUGAAUAACUUUUGUUCAGAACUUAGUAGGAUUGUUUAAUGCAGGACAUCAAUAUGUGAUGGAACUUGCUUGAAAUAUUUCUGUUAUCUCGGGCAAAAUGGAUUAAAUCAAAAUACAUCAGAAUCUUAGUCCUUUGUUUUUGUCUGAACAUGUUAGUUUAGUGCUGUCUUGGUGAACUGUGAGUGGAACUGUGAUUUUUUUUUUUUUUCUUUUUUCUAAUCUAUAGAAUCCUUCAUGCAGCAUGAGGGCUGUUGGCAUUUUGAAAGGUUGUUAGUGGGUAGCAUACAUGUUCUCCUUUUUGUUUUUGAAACUUGUUUGUAAACAUGAAUAAAUCUGCCCUUUUGUUAAAAUAAAAUUGCAGCAAUGGUUUCUUACAGAUUUUUUUUUUCUCAGCUCCUUCACUGGAAACACUGAAAAGUACUCUUUUGUAUUACUGGUUAAUGUCAAACUGCAAUUUCAAGAUGGUAACAGCCCCACUAAAAAUAGUACUUUGGGUAAAUGGAAUCAUGGUGGCUGCUUCCAGAAUGAAUGUAAGCUAAGGUAUUCAAAAGUCUUCACUGAGCCAAAAGGAUACUCCUUGGGAAUGAAUAGGUCUGCCUGAAAUUCCAAGACUUACUGUGAGUACUGCGUAAUAAAUGUAUCCCUGACCACUUAAGUGAGGGGAAACUGAGAACUGACAUACAGCAUGGGUGAAAAUACAUUUUUCAGUUGAUUAAUAUCUUAUGUACCAAAACUGACCUGCUCUAGUGAUUGACUGAAGAAGUUAUGGUCUGCCUCAACUGUAUUGUUUAAACAGUGAAGGAUGAUGGAACAGUACUUGAUCUGGUACUUCCUCAUGUUUUCUAGGUCCAAUACUGCUUACAAGAGCAACCGAAGACAUGAGUUGUGAACUCUUUUUUUUCCCUUUCUUUUUCCAGCUCUGUGUUUGUUAAAAUAGCGAGUGGAUUUUUUUGCCGAAUAAUCCAGAAUUUUGGAGAUUUUUAAAGGGGUCCCUUCAAAGGAGUGCAAGAAUUAAGUUGGUAAUGAGGGAGGAGAUAAUACUAGAGGAAACUGCAGAAAUGAGCAGGUCAGGAAGCUCAAGCGUAUCUUUGCCUUGUGGGAUACAUGCACGCUUGGGUUUGUCCUUUAGCAGCUAAUGUUCAACCUGUAGCACUGUAUCCCACUGUCAACCACUCCUGAAUUCAGUCUUUUCUAUUGUACCGAAGUAAAUACACCAAAUUCUAGGCAAGGGGGGUUUGCACUUGACACUUUGUAUAGUAAUUUCUCCCACAUGUUUCUAGCACAUUCCUUACGUGAUAGUUCUCAUCUAGAGUGCUUGGUAGGGGGAUCGGUUUUUAUGUAAGCUGGCUUCUCCCUACUACAAAAGUCAGAUAAGCAUUGGCUUAAAAUGAGGAGAGUUUCUUUACCCAUGAAGUACACUGCCACGUAAGAAAGUAUCUUCAUUAAUGCACCGUAAUUUGAUUUCAUUUGAAAACAGAUUUUAAUUUUUUCCCCUCUCUUCUAACUGUGAUCAUGACUGCGUGUUACCUUUUUUUGGAAUAAAGUCUACACUUAAGCCUUUUGAGGAGGGGUGGGAGGGUGAAUGUAGACUUUGUACAUCAGUGGACCCUCUUGAUUCUGUUAACAUCAGUGUGCUGUUCUUACAGGAAAUUUCCUUACAGAAAUAAGGAAAAGUUGUUUAAGAGGGGGGUAUGCUUUCUUUGUGAUCUCAAGAAAUCAUAACGUGUUGCCUAGAUUAUGAAAUGGUUAUCAGUAAGCUCAUGAGGCCUUCAUUGCCUUUCUGGUUGUAAGGUUUACUUGUCUUUCUUCUUGUAACUGAAAUAAAUAAAAGUGCUGUUCAUCUCA